AUGCCCGCCAGCAUGUUCAGCAUCGACAACAUCCUGGCCGCCCGGCCGCGCUGCAAGGACUCGGUGCUGCCGGUGGCGCCAAGCGCCGCCGCUCCGGUCGUCUUCCCGGCCCUACACGGGGACUCGCUCUACGGCGCCGGCGGCGGCGCCUCCUCGGACUACGGCGCCUUCUACCCGCGCCCCGUGGCCCCCGGCGGCGCGGGCCUCCCGGCUGCGGUCGGCGGCUCCCGUCUCGGCUACAACAACUACUUCUACGGGCAGCUGCACGUGCAGGCGGCACCGGUGGGCCCGGCCUGCUGCGGAGCGGUGCCGCCGCUCAGCGCCCAACAGUGCUCCUGCGUCCAGACGCCCCCAGGCUACGAGGGCCCCGGCUCGGUGCUGGUGUCCCCGGUGCCGCACCAGAUGCUGCCUUACAUGAACGUGGGCACGCUGUCGCGCACCGAGCUGCAGCUCCUCAACCAGCUGCACUGCCGGCGGAAGCGGCGGCACCGCACCAUCUUCACCGACGAGCAGCUCGAAGCGCUCGAGAACCUCUUCCAGGAGACCAAGUACCCAGACGUGGGCACGCGCGAGCAGCUGGCUCGGAAGGUGCAUCUCCGCGAAGAGAAAGUGGAGGUCUGGUUUAAGAAUCGCCGCGCCAAAUGGAGGCGGCAGAAGCGGUCCUCGUCUGAGGAGUCAGAAAACGCCGAGAAGUGGAACAAGACGUCGUCGUCGUCGAAGGCGUCGCCCGAGAAGAGGGAAGAGGAAGGUAAAAGCGAUUUGGACUCAGACAGCUGACGGCCGCCGGCCGGCGGUGGCCCUUGGCUAACUCGAAAGACUUGCACGGACAGACGAUGCUACUUGCUUGCACACGCGCUGCCUUGCGGGAAGGGGGUUGAGAAGAAGGAACGAGGAACUGUAAAUAGUGUACAGAGCCGGGAGGGUCGGCGCCUGGGGUCGGGGCGCGGCGGGGCUCCGAGCCCCGCAGUCCGAGGCCGCCCGGCGCCUCCCUCCCCACCGUAGUAUUUAUA